CUAUAGCAGAACCAUGGCGUACCACGCUAAAUCUAUCCGGGGGCUGGGCUGGACACUGGUUGUGCUCGGCACCGUCAGCACCAUCCUCGGUACCGCCGCCAUCGCCGCCAUGGCGUCCAGGGAACAGGCUACCUACCUGCACUACAUCGCCGGGCCUGUCUGGAGCGGGCUGUUUGUCCUGAUCACGGGAAUUCUUGGUGUCUUGAGCGGAAAGAAGCCCACAAACAGAUGCCUGAUCGUGGCCUUCAUGGUCCUGGGGAUCUUCACCAUCCUGUCCACCUUCUGCAGUUUCGGGCUGGCGGUUUCAGGAGCGAUCAUAGACAGCUGUUACGUAUACUCGCCCUGGCACCGCGACUUUCACCACGACUAUGUGGACUACAUCAUCCCGCCUGACUACGGCUAUAACGGCACCGCUUCGAACUACACCCGUCCCGUCCCGGACAUAGAUUAUGGUGACGUCUCUCCACUCAGAGUCUACAGCGAUGAUGCCGGCUGCACGACUGCCGCGAAGGCUCUGCAUGGGGUUUCUGCGCUGCUGGCGCUGGCCGAGCUCGUGUUGGGGUUUGUGGUGUCCAUCAUGUGCUGCUGCGGCCUCUGCAACACAGGAGCUCCGCAAGUGUCGGGCGGGCAGGGUGGGUUCAUCCUCCUGCAGGCCGUGCCUUCCCCGCACCAGUUUGGAGCCCAGCCGCAGGUGUUCCUGGCGCCCCCUGGCGGCCGGCACGCGCCCCUGCAGGUGUACUACAGCGCGGGACAGGCACCGCCGCAGUGCGGCCACACGGGCGGGGUGGCGGCCGCUGCAGCCCCGCAGAUGUACGCCCAGCAUCCCGGUGCGCAAUCCACGGAAGCGCCGCCCAUGGACACGAAGACUCCGCUCACAGCAUAGAUCCGUCUAUUGUGUUACACGGAUAGACGACAGUAGGCAGACAGACGAACGGGCAGACAACAGACAGACAGACAGACAGACAGACAGAUAAGAAUUAUAUUGGGAACUGUCUAGCAAUUCUGGACUUAACACGAUAAUAUUUUUGGACAUUUUGUACAUGUUUUUGAACCGCUUCGUUUUUGAUUGUGUGCAAAAUUUAGAGUGUGUUUGUUGUGAAAUCCAAGAUUUUAUUAAUUAUCACAAUCUGUUAUUUCAGCCGAACGAUUACAGCUAGUUUGAUAGUUCAGCCGACAGCGCAAAUAAUUUGAGAUUUCCACUGAAAUUGACUUGAAAUUAUUUCCUAAAGUUAAAAGAAACGCAUGAACGAUGAAGUUAUUAAAUGAAAUGAAACAGUCCACUGUUGUAAGGCUGUAGGGAGAGCUUUGUACUGAAGUUUUCUCUGAUGUCAAUCAUUUCUAUACAAGCCAUUCUAUACAAGACAAUUUUAAAGACUUCGAUCAUGUCCCCUCUGAAUCUUCUUACUGCUAGUGUUGUUAAUUUAAUUCUCCUGAGCCAUUUUCCUGAGAAGCCAUGGAUUUAGGAGAGGAAUCCUGAGGAGUUCAUUUCUAAUGUUUUUAUUUUUAUUUUUCAUGAGCAACAAAAUAAAGUACCCGGCAUUCACAGCC